AUGGUUGUCCUGAGGAUUAGAAAUGCACACAAAAGGAAAUAUGCUCUUAUCAGCCUGUUCAUUGUUGGCAUCAUUAUGUACAGAUAUCUCGGGUAAGUAAUGUUUCUUGAUACUUUUGAAUACUAUGAAUACCAUAUGAGCUGUUUUGCAACUUGAACUAGAUGUAGUACUUUAGUACUGCAAAAUAAAACACACUUAAUGUUCAUUAAGCUGCAUUUCUCUUUAGGGACAGAGAUACAGUGUGUUAAACUUCACUCAAGCAAGAAUUUUAUCUAUGUAGCAAUAUUAUUUUUGUUAUUUUAUUUGAUAAUGCUAUAAUGAAGUUUAAAAAAUGAUCGUCACUUACCGUAAGGCUUAAGAGUUGUUUAAAAAAUUACAUCUUUGAUUAAAAGGAAGAGAAAGAUCAAAAUGCAUAACUGCAGCACAAUGAGUUUAGAAGAAAAAAUACAUUUUUAGCAACAAAAUAAAAACAUAGUGUGCUUAAGUUGUGCGUUGAUCAGUAUUUUGUCUGUUGAUUUGAAUGUAUCCAUGCACUGUUGUGGUUUUGUUUGCCUACAAAAGACUUUCAAAUUCCUGUCAGGCACAUCAUGUGGUCAUACAGGCACAAUAGCCAGUGUGCUGCAUAAUGUGAGUGUGACACAAACUACACCUCUUGUUCCAGCAUGCCAGCAGGGGGACGCAAAAUGAGCAGGAAGGUGGGCCUGAGUGCCAACUCGACUCAGUUCACCUUGGAUGGAGAACCUUUCUGCAUCCUGGGGGGGUCAGUCCACUAUUUCCGGGUGCCGAGGGCCUACUGGAGGGACCGGCUGAUGAAGAUGAAGGCCUGUGGACUCAACACCCUCACUACGUAUGAAAACAAAUAUGGAUGUAUUUUGGGUCACAGUAUCAUGUGAUAAUCCGUAACAUAUCUGUGAUCCUAAAACAGAAUAAGCAUGAUUCUGUUUUUGUUUCUAAAAAUAAAUCAGAGAAAUUUGUCAAUAUUCAUUUCAAAAGAAAAAACAAAACAAAAAGAAAAGACAAAUUUUUAUUUGCUUUUGUGUUUUCAUUCAGAAGGUAAAACAGCGUUUCUGUUUUUGGCACGUAAACAAAAAUCACAAUUACAGUUAUUUCACAUUCACUCUAAUUCUGAAUAUUCACAAAAACCUUCCUGAAUCUCAAUCUUUGCAGGUUUGUGCCAUGGAGUCUGCAUCAGCCAGAGAGAGGGGUCUUUAACUUCCACACACAGCUGGAUUUAGAGUGAGUAGUUUCAGUCCUUUGUGUCCUGAGUACAAAGUAGACGCCCAUAUGAUCACUACACAGUUUACUACUUCAAGGAGUUUAGCCUGAGAGCCCGAGUGCAACUUAAAAAUGUCCAUAAUGUCCACAAUCCAUCAUUGUGUCAGUCUCAAGAAAAUCAAUUUUAGUCAAUAUAUUUUUAGCAUUUUAAAAGCAGAAAAUAUUUGUUAGUAUCAGCUUCCAAAGUGUGGUGAUUUGCUGCUUGUCUUGACUUCUAUGACAGUGUGUUUUUAGGUUUGGAUUGUUGGUUAGAUAAAACAAGUCAUUUGUAGAAUGAGGAAAUAGGAAUGAGCGGAACAGUAAGAAUCAGUUGGAAAUUAAAUCCAAACAAAUAUCCAAAAAUGAGAGCGUAAGGAUAAAAUAAACUAUUUUUUUGUAAAUAUGUGGCUAAUACCUAAAGCACAGGAUCAACUGUAUCAUAGAUUUAAACAGUCAGUAAAAUAAUUUUUUUGGAUUUUGAAAUUAAGCCGAAUUCCAUAGAUUUGGGGCUCUAAGUGAAAUGUAAAAAAAAAGAAAAUUUCAUGGUUUGCAAAUCAUUUGCGGUCUAUAUUUAACAACAAAAAAAGAGAAAACCAAUACUGAAUGGCUGAGAUCUUUAUCCACUUACGUGUCACUGCAUCUAAAACAGAUGUGACUCUGUAGUGGAAAUCACUGUAUAGGCUCAUAAUUACAUCUGAAAACAAUGACCUGUGAACAAAGCUGCUUGCGGCAUCCUCAAAUGCAUAUCAAAGCUGUUUUGUAGAAACAGGUGGUCAUGUGGUGACAAUUUCUAGCGCACAUUAAGACUGUGUGGACCACAGAAACAAAGCGCAAUACUCUCUAUAAACCAAAUAUGAAACUUAAAUACUGUGUGAAACAAACAUUAUGUGACCUUUCUGGUUGCCCUGACAAUGCUAUCUGCUCUCAGGUGUGUUGGGAAAAUUCUCUCUUUGUCCUCAUCGUCUAAUCCCUCAGUACUCAGGGGGGGGGGGUCUUAAGGGAGAGAGGUCCCACCUGACAACAGCAAUACCUCCCAAACAACAACAACACACUGAGCAAUUAACAACACAGCAGUGAUAAAUGAAGAGGGAUGACACGCCUCAGUCUGCUGCUGAUGUUUCCAAAUACACUGAACCCAUUUCACCUCAAACAGCAGGGUAUUGCUCCACCAAACUUUGUGUUUUUACAGGUACAAACUGCUUAAUUACCCUACACUCUGAUCAUGUUUCAGGGCCUACAUCAACCUUGCUGCUGAAUUGGGCCUUUGGGUGAUUUUACGUCCAGGACCCUACAUUUCCUCUGAGCUGGACCUCGGGGGACUGCCAAGGUUUGUAAUCCUGACACACAACCAUAGAAGGACAUUUUUUUAUCUGUUUUAUUCAUAUCUGAACUAUUGUGUACCCAGUUUGUCACUAGCCAACCAUAACACGUUGAAACAGCUUCAAAACAGAUCAAAACACCAGCUUAAAAAGAUUCAAAGCACUCCUCUCAAGGGAUACCAGAUUUGGGUACAAUUGGAUGAACUUUCACUCAAACUGAGACUCACCAGACACUCAUAAUCAGCUCCUCCAGAACUGAACCAAGAAAUGACUGUGGGACUAACAAAAUAUGUAAACUUCUUCUCAAACUGAGGCUCACCAGACACUCAUAAUCAGCUUCCCAGGAACUGAACCAAGAAAUGACUGUGGGACUAAUGAAAUAUGUGAACUUCUGCUCGUUACACACGCACAAACUCACAAAUGUUGAGUUAACCUAUUUGUUCUCUGAUGAUGUGAGACAAUGGCCAGCUUCUUGGUAUUUCCAAUGAGGCCAGUGCUUAGGGAUAGAUGACUUCCAGCUAAGACUCCCAGUCCAACCAGUAACUGGAGACACAAUGGCGUGUUCAGAUCAGAAGAAAGUCAAAUUUCUCCCUUUGUCUAUCUGUCUCUCUGCAAAAUAAAUGCUGUUAUUUAUUAUUUCAUAACAUUAUCUAAAGAAGCACCUGAAUAUCUGUGUCUGGUGAGUCUCACUUUCUUUGUAAAGUGGUUACACUGUCACAUAUCAAGAACAAGAUCAGUGAUAAGAAGUAUUUGUCCACAGGGGGGCGCAAAAUUAACACAAAAAAAGUCACCCACGGGAGCUUUAACCAGAUCAAAUGAAAACAUACAGAAAAAAAAAAAAAAAGGAAAAACACACAACUCAAUUUAACUAAUAUUCAAACCCAAGUCUAAACUGUUUUGCACAAAUGGCUCAAAAGCAGGAACUAGAGUCUUGCGCAUUGUCCAUAAUUAUCCUCUGUACCCGUGUUCCUGCAGUUGUUUAUCUUGAGUGAAAACCUCUCAUCCUGUCACUUUCACACAGCUGGCUCCUCAGAGACAGCAGCAUCAGGCUGAGGACAACGCACCCCGGCUUUGUUGAGGGUGUCAAUAUUUUCUUUGACAAACUCAUUCCAAAAGUGGUUCCUCUUCAGGUAAAUGCUUGUGACUGAUGUUCAAAAAGGAGAUUUUUGUAGCAGCAAAUUUUUGAUUAGACAUUUAAAAAAAUGUCUAUUUCAGUUCAAGAAAGGAGGACCCAUAAUUGCAGUGCAGGUGGAAAACGAAUAUGGAUCUCAUGCAAAAGAUGAAGGUUACAUGAAUUUCAUCAAAGAGGUAGACACAGAUUUUACUCUCCAUUGAAACUUUUCUUCAUAAAAUGACCAUCUUUAUUAACUGUAUUUAUCAUCUGUUUUAUUUUGAAAGGCUUUGCAGUCCAGAGGGAUCAGUGAGCUCUUGUUCACAUCAGACAACCACAACACAUUAAAGUCAGGAGGUGUGGAUGGAGGUACAGGGAUUUAAACACAGAGAAAAAUAUGCUCAUUUACACCCACAGACACCCACAGCUCACCUCUGUGUUCAUGUGUCGCAGCGAUCAGAUCAGUGAAGCUGCAGAAGCUGAAUCGGAGAGACAUCCAGGAUCUGACUGCUCUCCAGGUGUGUAUUAAGUUUUCCUAUCCAAUCUGUCACUCUGAGCUUGUGUGAUGUCUUUGUUUUCUCUGUACUGUUUCCAGCCCAACAGCCCUACCAUGGUGAUGGACUACUGGACCGGCUGGUAUGAUGUGUGGGGUGAGCUGCACCAUGUGCUCCCUCCAGAAGGUAAAGAAGGCUCUACUCUUUAGUCUGUGGGGAUCAAUUCUACACCUUUUGAUGAGAUAAUUGAUUGGCAGAGACGUCCCUGGUUGUUGUUUUCUGUAUGCAUUAUUCUAUGAAACACCUAAAAGAAUAUGAAGGGAAAAAGUGAUGUUGAACUCAAGACACUUAAACAGGAUUUUGCAAAAGCUUUAGAAAAUUUUACCAGGGCCCUGAAGGUCAAUGGCACAAAUGUUUAAGUGAGACAGAAAAUUAUUAUUAUUAUUAUUAUUAUUAUUAUUAUUAUUAUUAAUAAUAAUAAUAAUGAAUAAGAAAAUGUCUAAUUUCAAGAACUUGACAAUUAAAAUUUUCCAUUAUUCCACUGGCAUAUAUAUUUCCACUCCUUACAAGCAGCCCAGCUCUUACGUUUUGGCUUGUGAUAUCCUGAAUAAAGACAUUUUUCUGGACUUUUCAGGUGAAUAUCACCUUAAUUAAGCCAAUUUACAACUUUAUGAGAAAUAUAAUGUAAAAUCUUUAAUGUUCUUCUGAUGACUUUUUGAUUGUCAUUUCUAUUUUAACAUUUUGUGAAAUUGUAUUACAAAUGUUCUUUGGAGUGCUGUCAUGGGCUCAAAGUAAACAAAUCAGUUCAAUCAGGGGACUUCAUAUCUUUCCUUUUUUAAACCUCACUUGCGAUGUUUAAUCUCAUGUCACUUUGCUAAAUAAACACAUCCACUCUUUUCCCAUGUGCUAAUGGUACCUAUUUAUUUACCAAGUGCUUUGUCUUUUGCAUAAUGAAUGCCAGCUGCACACCAACAAUGUAAAUGUGGAUGCAAAUGUGAGAGCCAGGUGCAACCUACUUUUGUUCGAGCACCGACAGCUCCUGAUAAUGAGUGUCAGAGAGGUUUUCAUGAAGUCUUUUAUUAAUCUAAAGUUGUUAAGAGAGAAACUGUUGAUCUCUUUGUCAGACAUGGUUUCCACAGUGAGAGAAAUCCUAAGGCGAGGCAUAUCAGUGAACCUUUACAUGUUUCACGGAGGAUCCAGUUUCGGCUUCAUGAGUGGAGCUCUAGCUCAUCCUUCGUACAGAGCUUUAGUCCCCAGCUACGGUAAACAAAGCAGCUGCGACUUUGAUGCAAAUUUACAGAGAUUCCAUUAAAACGAGAAGACACUGUCACACUGGAUGGUCAGCACUGACUCUGACAGCCAGCAGGUGGCAGUACAUGACGGUUAAUCUAUAUUACAUAGUUUUGUUUUCCAGAUUAUGAUGCUCCUUUGUCUGAAGAUGGAGAAUACACACCAAAGUAUCACCUCCUGAGAGAUUUACUCUCCAGAUAUAACAGUAAGUUAAACAUUAAACUGCUAUCAAUGUAUUUGAUACUCACCACUGUAAGAGAGAGCACUACCACAGGUCCUUCAUUAAGACUCAGCCUGCACAACAAACCCUGACACAGUGUGAUGCAUGAUCUCCCCUGUUACCAUCAUCCAUCAGUCAUAACAUUUACACCUAUUACACUGAUUCAUUUGAUCACGCAUUAUUUAUUUCCACAGAUUAAUGCAAAUUUAUCUUUGCUGUUGGUUGAUUUGGUUAGUCUCCUUACAUUAAACAUUGGUGACGUAUGUAGUAUUAGUAUAUUUAGCAUUAUUUAGCAGAAUGAGCUGUGUAAAAACUGAACACGAUGUUUAUUUUUAUGCCUUAAUAUGUCUGUAUCACCUGAAUAAAAACUUAUAUUGUUUUAAAAUGAGCCUUUUACAUCUAUAGAGGGGCAGUUCUCUCUGCAAAGAGGCUGCAAUCUCACACUGCCAAGUUUUACUGGAGAUAAGCUUGUAUGCUGUUAUAAAUUCAGAAAGGCUUGGGUAAUUAGAUGGACAUGGAUUUUGUUUACAUCUAAAUAUGCUCUUUAUCAUUCAGAAUAUUAGAUAGAGAGAAUCAAAUGUUAUUUAAAUGCUUCAUUGAUACAGCAUGCAGGCCUUUCCCUUCUAGGUUCAUCCAAAGAGAUUGUGGCUUCAUUUCAAUCAAACCCCUGCGACGUUAAUCAAAAUAACAUCUCUUGUUGUUGGAUGUGUUCAUUUCUUUCAGUUACAAAUGCAUCAGCCUAAAGUUGCUUCAUUGAAUCUGUUCACCAGAUAUUGUGGAUUUAGUCUCUUCAUUCUCAGGCAAUGGACUGUACACCAGUGGUGUAGCAUUUUUACGUAAGGGGAGGAGGCGUUGUUAGUCUGCCAGUGAAAGCCUUGUGUCUCAAAGUUGGAUUUCUUUUAAAACACCACAAACUUAACAUCAUAGCUGAGCUCAAACCCUUUUGUUUUGAACUGUGUAAGUUAAUUUCCUCUGCUUAAAGAACCCAGCUGUAGUUAAUUAUUCCUUAUAUGGGUUGCUGUCGUGAGUAAACCCUUCGUGUGGGCUCAAUAAAGUAAAUAUAUUGUGUUGUCUCAUCUCUUAUCUCAUGUGAAUGCACUGAUCUCUCAUCCUGUUCUUGUUUGUGCAGAAGGAGAAAGUUUCCCCGACAUGCCAGCUCUACAUUACAGAGAGUCUUAUGAGCCGGCCAUCAUGUACCAGCACCUGUCCUUAUGGGACGCUCUGAGCUUCACUGAGGGAGUAUGUUUAUGUAAGAUUAUCUGUUGUCUGUGUGUCUGAUGAUAAUAUUCAUGCUUAUCAAUCAAGGAGGUCCACUCAUUUAUUUGUUUGUUUUUAUUUCCUGCAGCCAUUUAAGUCUCCAGUGCCAGUGAGCAUGGAGAACCUACCUGUGAACAACAAGAACGGGCAGUCCUAUGGGUACACUCUGUAUGAGACCACCAUCACCAGAGGGGGGCUGUUGAAGUCUGGAGACAACGUCAGAGACCGAGCUCUGGUGAGUUCAUGCUGGCUUAUGCAAUAUCCAUUUCACAGAUCAUAAUCCCUGAUAUAUUUAAAGGGGGUCACAGUAAAAACCAUCAAUAAAUGACACACGUGAAAGAUAAAAUUUUGAUAUUUGACGUGACAGACUGACUGCACAUUAUUACCACCUGCUGGUCUGACAUGGUUAUGUGGUCCUUUUCAAAUUUUCAUGAACACCUCUGUGUGGAAACUGUUUUCCUCUUUUAAAUCUGGGGAAAAACUCUGUUGUUCAAUAAAUCUAUUAACCUGUGAAUGUAGUCUUAAAUUUGCAUACCUGCAAGUGUGAAUGAACUACACAUUUUAUAACACAACAAUGUGAAAUAAAUUUGUAAUGUUACUGGUAUCAGCCACCAGGAGUAGCUGACUAUUUUUAAAGUGUUAGCUAAAUAAAAAACUCAAACUUGCUUACCUAAUAAACUGUAUGUUUUUGUAUGAAAGUGUUUAUUUAUUUAUUUUUUCCAUUUGAUUGCCAAAAGUGUAUUUUUGUAAACUGUCUAAUAUAUUUUUAUAAUACAGGAUAAACUUCUGUAUUUUCUUAAGUUACUGCAUAAAUACUCAGAAUUAUUCUCAUAAGAAAUGUUUCAAUCUCUCAUUGUAUCUUGUUGUUAAAUUAGUAACAGUGAGAACAAAUAUUUUGCCCCUAAAGUGAAAAAAUGUGAGUGACUUUUACAAGGUCUAAGCUGUAAUGCCCAAACACCUGAGAAAGAUAUUGCAGGACAUGCUGCACAUAAAAGCUGUGAAGAAAAGAUGAUUGUGUGUGAAAUGUGCAAACUUUAAGUCACCUUAAACAUUUUACUACACUGAAGCGGAGCUGAACGCACAACAAUACAAUUAGUUUGACAGCAUCAUUUUUCACAGGUGUUUGUGGACAGAAGCUACAUCGGCCUUUUCAAGCGUAAAAGUCUGGAGCUGGCGGUUCCUGAUGGUAAGGUACGGCAUCAUGUUUGACGAUGAAAGCAAAUGACCAAAAAACAAACAUAAAUUCACAGUAAUCUGAUGUGAUAGAUACUGAAGUGUUGGCUGUAAAACUUGUCAAAGACAUAACAGCUAUCACUCCAUGCAGGGACGGCGCACUUUGAGUUUAUUGGUGGAAAACUGUGGGCGAGUUCAUCAGGGAAAAGACCUUGACAAACAACAUAAAGGUGAUUGACAGACAAUAUGCAGUUCAUUGCUACGCCUGCUAAUAAACCACUCUGGCUCUAAGAGUUCAGUGAAUGAGCCAGUUUUGAUUUGUGUUCUUGCAGGCCUUGUGGGAGAUAUCUUAUUAAACAAUAUCCCCUUGCGAGAUUUUAUAAUAUACAGCCUGGAUAUGAAACCCAGCUUUAUUGAUAGGUUUGUUUGCUUUAUUAAAUUUAAGACAGCGCAUAUCACUUUCAUUUUGCUGUAAUACUGUGUGUGAAGUGGAUGUCUUAUUUCAGUCUCUAUCAGGCUCCUUGGAAAACUUUACCUGAAAACCCAAGUUUUCCUGGGUUUUUCAUGGGGAGGCUUUUUGCAUAUGGAUAUCCAAGUGACACAUUUGUUAAACUCCCAGUAAGUCAAAUAAUAUAUGUACAAAAUGUUCCUGGUGUUUGAUUUAGUAAUACUAAAUUUUGCAUUGUAAAGAAAAUACAAUGGUCUCUGUGUUUGUCUACAGGGCUGGGAGAAAGGUGUUGUUUUCAUAAACGGGCUAAAUCUGGGUCGCUACUGGUCCAUCGGCCCCCAGCAGGCCCUCUACCUCCCUGGUCCUUUUCUUAACAGUGGGAUAAAUCAGGUACAGCGAAGCACAAACUUUAUUUAUGAGGAUUUUGUUUGUUUGUUUUCCUAAUGCCAAAAGUUAGUUGAGUAUGUGUGUUCGAGUGUACCAUGGAGGAGUCUCUUGAUAAGUGAAGCCUGCAUUGGGUUUCUGUAUGUUGAUAUGCAGUGUUUAAUUUGGCAACUAAUUUGGAUGUUUUUUUUUGUCUUUUGAUGAAAAUUCCUAUCAAAUUCAGUUACUCUGUAAUCUUUUUUGCUCCUAUAGAUUUACAUGAUUUACAUGACCGAAACUCCAAAUAUUUUCUAGUUUUAGUCAAUCAAAACUCAUUACAUGGUAGCCACAUCUACCAUUGUCAAGGGACUUGAGUGGGCACAUUGAUACAUUCUAUUCAGUGGAAGAACAUCCAGUGGGCGCUUUGCUAAGAUUUUAUCAACAGCAAGGGCAUUCACAGGACACAUAACUACAUUUUGACCACUGGAAGAGAAUCAAGAGGGCGCUUCAUUUACAUUUGAACCACUUCAAAGGCAUCUAGUGGGUGCUCGAGUAACAUUUUAACCACUGGAAAUGCAUCAGUGGGCACUUAAUUUAAUUUUUGACCACAAGAGGGGCAUCAAGAGGGCAGUUUUUACAUUAGAGCCAGUAAAAGAACAUUUAGAAGGCACUUUGUUUAAUUUUAAUCACUGGAUGGUCCUUUAGAGGGUACUUUAUUUACAAUUUAUCCAUCAGAAGAUCAUCAAAAGGGCAACUGACUAUUAUUUAAACAACUGUAAGGACAUCUAAAGGCCCCUUUAUUUGAAUUUUAACCACUAGAAGACCACCUAGAGGGCACUUUAUAUAAAUGAAAACAACUGGAAGGGCUUCUAGUUGCACUUAUUCUACAUUUUUUUUACUACAAGGUUGGCAUCUUAAGGGCUAUUGGUUUACAUUUUAAUCACUGGAAGGUGAUCUUAUAGGCACUUCAUGAACAUUUAAACCACAUGAAGGGCAUCUACAGGGCACUUCAUUUACAAUUUAACACAAGAAGAGCAUCUUAAGUGUACUUUAUUUACACUUUCAUCUUUACAAGGACAUUCAGCAGACAUGUCUUUAUAUAUUCAAACCACUUAAAGGCUUCCAGAUAGCACUUGUUUGAUAUUUUAUCCACUGGGAUAGUGUUCAAUGGGCACUUAGUUUACAUUUGAUCAACCAUGAGGGCAUUCAUAGGGUGCAUUAUUCCAUUUUAAUCACCAAAGGGGCAUCUAACAGGGGCAGUUUAGUUACAUUAUAUCCACUGGUAAAGCAUUUAGAGGGCAUUUUCUUUAGAUUCUAUCCUCUGUAAAGGCACCAUAGAGAACAUUUUACGAUUUUUUCUACAGUGACUUCCAAAAUGCUUUUGUAGCUUUGUGGCGACAUAAGUACUCAUUUUUACAGACUUGCUUUUAUGUGAUGCUGUCUUUUACCUUUUUUCUCCUUUUUAAAUCUCUUUUACCUCUAUCUUAUUUCGACUUACUAUCCUUUUAGCCUUGGUUUUACUUAUAAUCUUUUCUUAUUUUAACUUUUAGGUCCUUUAUUGAUUUUAAUGUUUUUUUUUCCUGUUCAUUUUUAUUAUUCCAUUUUAUCAUUAAUAUUACCAUCAUUAUUAUUUUAUUAUGAUUGUAUUAUCAUUAUUAAUAUCCUCUUUUAUACUUACUAUCCGAUCCUUACUUAUACUUACUAUCCUGUUUCUUACUUUCUGCCCUCCUUUUCUAUUUCAUUCUUCUUCUUACCUAUUUUAUGUAUUUAUGUUGGUCCUCAUGGUCUCAUUUUAUGUUGUAGGGUUCUUGUAUUGCCUGGGUUUCUUAUGAAAAAUGAAAUUGGCCUUCAAUUCAGAGGCCUUGUUUUUAACAGAGCUUUUGUUUUUAAUUUUCAUGUGCUGAUGUUCUGUGCUUGCAACUAUUGUCAAAACACUUUGUAAACUUCUGUUUUUUAAAAGUGCUAUAUAAAUAAAGUUAUUAUUAUUAUAAGUAAGCAGGGGCUCAUGUUGAUCAAGCCGAUACUAAAAAUUGUCUUUAAGAAAAAAAAAUACUCUCAUAGCGACCCCUACAUGAAUUAAGACGGAAAAAACCUGUUGCUCAUUUCACUCUCUGAACAGAUGCAUGAGUAACAGCAUGUUUAGAAAUUAAUGAGCUUUACAUCUGUUUCUGGACACAAUGAAGUAUAUUUUUGGAAAGAACCAGGCCAACUUUAUUUUCUAGUCUUUGUGCUCUGCUAGGUAAACGAUUCACCAGCUCCAAGCUUAUUCAUAGAGAACAUGCAAAUUAUUUACAACUCAUUUCUCGCAAGAAAAGAAAUAAUUUCCAAAAAGUACUGGAACAUUAUGAUUUAAAAAAAAAAUCCUCACAGAAGAGUUACUCAGAAGAUAAAUCUUUACUUUCAUUUACUUCAAAAACUUUCAGCUGUUCAUGGUUAUGUCUCAAGGCUGUAACUCCCACUUUUUCUCUGUCUUUGUUUUCUCUGGUUAGGUUGUUUUAUUUGAGGAGCAGGAGGGCGACUACAAGGUCCACUUUGAAGACACACCUGACCUCGGCAUGGCAGCAGACAUUCAGUGA